AAACAGGAAUUAAGAAACCCCUCUAGUCGACGAUAUCGAGAUCGAUCCAACCUUUACCAACGCUUUAUAUCUCUUCUAAGGUUAAAAGUCUUUGAUUCGUGAAUGAUGAUGGAUCCGCCGCCUACGAAGGAGUUUGCUUUGGCCCCAGUAUAUGUGUAUUGGGACAUGAAGAGGUGUCCGGUUCCAGAUGACUAUGAUGCUCGUCGGGUUGGUCCGUGUAUUAAACGGAUUUUAAGGAAAUCAGGCUACAAUGGUCCUGUCACCAUCACUGCUGUUGGCUCACUAUCAAAGGUCCCUCGUGACAUCCUUGAAGUGGUCUCUUCCACUGGAAUCUCUCUUUAUCACGAGGUCGCCAGUAGGAAAUGCAUGGUUUCGUGUUCCCUUGACCAUGAUGAUUUUUAGCCACGUCCAGCUACUUUGAUGUUCAUAUCCCGUCCACCACUGUGGAUUCCUCCAGGCUUCUAUUCUAAUAUUCUCAUCCAACGUGAAAAAAAAUACAACUCCAUUUUCCCGUUUCCACUUGAGUCUCCUCGAGAAGCCUCCUCCACCCUCUGGAAAAACUUUCUUCUAGCUGAUCCAGGGCCACUUGAGGAGGAGGAGGAUAGCUGCAGUGAAACGCCUGGACCUGCCUCCUGGAUUUGCUCUGUGUGCCGUCGUAUUUGUGGCCCAGGUAUUGCUGGCCAAGGCGUUGAUAAUUUCAUCACGCAUCUCUCUACUCGAGAACAUGAACUCAAGCGUCAACGCUUUACUAACCCCAAAGGUGAGCCUCCUCUUGAUUCUUGUCCGGAGAAUGCUACUAGGGGUGGCAACCAAAGUUGAUCAUAUUAUGUUUUUGUAUCUCUUUAAGGCCAUUUAGCUAAUUGAUGGCUCCAAGUUUUUAAUUCCAUAAUUGUCAUUUUAAAUCUCAAUUUAUGAAGGAGAAGACCUUUUCAUUGUACCUUUUGUGCAUUUGUUACUCGUAAAUUGAUUAAUGAAUAAACAAAUGACCAUCCAAAA